AUGAUAUCGGAUAGGAUUCCCUCUGGGAUCUUAUCGGAUCCUACUAUCGGAAUGAUUCUUCUGGGUAUAACUUUAAGUAAAUUGGCAUAUCUAUCAGAUGAAGCUUCCGUUGAAAUGAAAUUACAAAAUCGGAAUUUAAAUCGUACAUCUGCAAAUACAUUAUCAUUCAGCGACAGUAAAAGCAAACUAAAGGCUUCCGAUUUAUCAUCUACAUCUACAAGUGAAAGUGAAAAUAGUUCCAGAUCACGUAUUACUAAUUAUAGUUUAGUUGCUGAUACUGGCAUUAAGAAACUGAAUGCUGCAGAAGAAAAAAGAAAAAGACCCGAAUUAAAUAUUAUUUAUAACAGAAAAAUUAAUUAUUUUCUUCAGAAAUAUGCAAAUGUCAAAGACAUUGAUUGCAAUCGUGUAAGUGAUGAUAUUAUGCAGAAUUUAAAUAUUUCAAAAACUGAACUUUAUAAUGUACUAAGGUUUAUUCGAAAUACAAUGAACAUUUCGCCAUUAAAUUACACUCAAGACAAUUUUAUUAAUGUUGUUCGUGAUAUUUAUGAAAAUAGUUAUUUACAUAAGUAA